GUUUUAGAGUGGUGGUGGUAUAAUAUAUGGGCCAUCGACAACCGGAGGGUCGACAGUGUUCGGACGAAACCGGAGCAAUCAUGAAAGCCUUGAUACUACUUUGUUUAAUAUCAACAGUGCUUUGCGUGAAAAAUGAGGAAAAAGGGGAUACGAAAAAGACAAAAAGGGGGAUCUUCCAUGGCAGCUAUUUCGACGGAGGACUUGGAUACGGUCUGGCUCCGCCUUUGUACCAUUUGGGACCCGUGCCGAUAGUACCAGGAUAUCAUGUACCGUUGCCGCCUCCGGUCGUCACCAGACAAGUCCCGGUUCCAGUGCCUGUGCCUGUAGAGAAGCACGUCCCCGUUCAUGUUAAAGUACCAGUUCCUUUUCCAGUAGCUGUCGAGAGGCACAUCCCAGUUCACGUCAGAGUUCCAGUCGCCGUACCCGUUCCAGUAGAAAAGCACGUGCCGGUUUUUGUCGAUCGACCAGUUAUACAACACGUACCGGUGGACAGGCCUGUACCGGUGCCUGUGGACAGGCCGGUACCGGUGCCCGUACCCCAUGCCGUACCUGUACCCGUUCCGCAGCCUUACCCGGUGUACGUGAACAGAGCGGUCCCGCCGGUUCCUGCACUGCCCGUUUUUCCAGGAGCGGUACCCAAUUCUGGAUUCAUCCCGGUACCUGCGCCGGCUACUCCCAAAGAAGCUGCCGCUCCUCCUCCACUCCAUCCGGGCUCUCCUUCCUCCGGGUACCCAGUUUACCAUCACCCGCAAUACAGCACCUAUGAUGUUGAACAAUUCCAAUUAAUGAAGGAUCAUUCAUCUUUACAACUUUCUCAACAUAGGAGCCCUAAUCACUCCUAUGGACUCUACAGGCAUCAUCCUAGGCAUUCGAGCCAUAAAUCUUGGUAGGUUAUGGACAAAGAAAAAAUUAUUGUCACUCUAUUUUGACAAUACAUUUACGAUUUUUCAGGAUUUUGUGAUAACAAUCAAUUUUAUGACGAUAAACUAGUCUAGUUAUUUUUUUAAUACAAUAUAAUUUUUGUUACAUUAC